CUUUGUAUGGAGCGUCGGAUAAGUCAUAUGGUUUCGGCAAGGAAAGUGUCGUCAAAACUUAUAAAUUCUUCUUCGGACCGUACGACCUUGGUUAUAUAAUCUUGAAAGAUCAUCAAUAUGCGCUUUGAUGAAUAUGAAGCCGUCGAGCGAAGCUUUGAUGACGCGAUAUCAGAGAUUCGAUACGAAUAUUACAAUGAUUUAGAGAAGCGACAGUUGGCUAAUGGAUCUGAUACAGCAACGGGAAAAGGGAGUGUGGCAGAUGUCAGUAGUGAUAAGUUUCCAGAAGGUAUUUCCAUUAUUUUACGAUUAUGGGAUCAACUCAACCAUAGACGAUCUGGUAAAGACAGCGCAGAUUCAAGGGGUGAUUGGUAUUAUGAUACCAAUAGCGAUGGUGGAAAGUAUCGCGUGAGUAGGUCUGCACCUGGGCGAGGAAACUAUCCUCCACGACAUGCACCAUACUACCCCCCUCCAGGAGGAUCCUAUCGAUCCCGUGACGGCUAUGGAAGAGGUCCUUCACCCACUCGAGACUAUAGAGAUAGAAAGGACAGGGAUGAUUAUUUUCGAGAACGGCGCUAUGAUGACAGACGACCACCUCCUCCUCCCUUGUCGCCAGGUCCGGAUAUGCGGCGACGGCCGAGAGAAGACAGAAUACCACCACCUGGUCCUAGUGCGAGGUACGAUGAUCGUAGACGAGAUGGAUACAUAAGGUCGGAUGAACGGUUUCCUGGACGUGGCCCACCGCCUAGAGGACCCCCCUCACCUGAAAGAGAACAGCGGCAACAAGUUGGGCCAGUUCAUCCCAAUCUUUCUGGACGACCAAGUAGGAGUACAUAUGAGGCACCACCUAUGCCGGCUUUGCAACAGGCUCAUCUUCCAGAGACUCCAGUAGAAUCAAAUUAUGGAUAUGCAAAUAAUUAUCCUGAUGCUAACUCAGCAUAUGGUAACGGCUAUUAUGGACAAUAUCAAAACCAAAGUGCUAACCAUGCUUAUGGAUCCCAGCAAACGAUAUAUCCUACAUACCAAGGGCAAGGGGCCCAAGCGCAGCAGCAACAGUGGCCUCAACAGUUCAUGCCCCCCUUACCUCUGAAAAGCUUUGCUAGCCGAGAUUAUGGCAGGCAUUCAGCCUUACCACUUCCAACUGAUUUCAUGGCAGGCGCUAGUGAUGCUCCUAGAUUGUCGAUGCCUGAACCUCACCAGCAGCUGGGAGUAAUCAAGGGAGUCAUUAUCCGGGAUGCACAAGGAAAUAUUGGAUUAUCCAAUUACACGUUCAAUCCCUUGUAGUGAGCAAUGAAAAGCAUAAUAAUAAAGCAAAUAUAAUACACCCGAGAUA